AUGUCUAGUUCAUGCAGAUUUUCUACAGAAAUAAAUAGUUCCUCCUUGUCAGCUUCAAGUUUGAUGGUCUUGGCAUUUGUUACAUGGAUGGAAAUAAUUUAUAAAAUUCUAGAUUGGUGUAACCUUACAAAAGAGAAUGCAGUUCAGUAUGCAAUAAAUGGUCUCAAAAAGUGUGCAGCUCAAGUUUUAGAGACAAAGUAG